CGCAUCAAUGCCUGUCUCGUCAUUUAACAUUCAAACAUGGUGUCAGAGUCGGAUAACUAACCAUGCUUUCCGCAAAUGAAAGUCACCUGUUCUGGUUUACCCCCUAAAAAUGCUUAUUUGAGUAAAACUUCGCCGGACGCCGGAAUUGUCCUUAGCUAGAGUGAGUUCGCUAGUUAGCUUCAGUGUUGUUAGCACCGGUUAGACAUGGCAGCGAACAUUCCCCCUCCCGCCGUUAUUAAGCUUAGCGGAGACUGGAGCACAAACUGGGAUACGUUUAGAGGUGAAUGGGAGGACUAUGCACUACAACGGGACUUCAGGAAAAGGACGAUGAGGUAGUGGCUGCCACUUUGAUGACUAUAAUGGGAACAGAAUGCCGACACGUAUACAAACACAACCUGAACCUAACAGCAGCUCAGCAAGGUAACGCUACAGCUAUUCUUGAUGCUCUUGAACAUUACUUUAAGCCAGCAAAGAACGUUAUCUACGAGCGUUAUGUUUUCGGUUGUUGCAAACAGGAGGACGGGGAGUCAAUUGACAGCUUUGUUACUAGGCUAAGGGAAAAGGCAGCAACAUGUGACUAUGGUGCUUUAAGAGAUGAACUGAUCAGAGAUAAGAUAGUGCUUGGCAUAACUGAUGAGGGCCCCCGCAGACGUUUGCUGAGAGAACGUGACCUGACGCUGGUCUUGGCAGUGGAGACAUGCCGUGCAGCAGAGCUUACAGAUAUACGGAUAAGGUCCAUGGAACUAGAAAGACAGACAACAUAUGAAAUUCCCCUUUGCCACAGCUAAUGCUAAUACUACAGCCAACUCUGCAGCAGACAACCCCAAUACGUGCCGAUAUUGUGGCAUUUCUCAUGGAUGAGGAAAAUAACACUGCCCAGCCUAUGGGAAAAUAUGCAAAUCCUGUGGUACAGCUAAUCACUUCGCAAGGGUCUGCAUGAAAAGCAAGAGAAAGGAGGGUGAAGUGCACUCCAUUGAAACAAACACAGAUGAAGGGAACAACAGCACAGAGGAUGUAUAUGCUAGCGAGUGCAUAGGGGCAGUGAGGGCAAAAGGACAAAAGUGGUUUGUCAGUCUGCUACUUAAUAAUAAACCACAGCAAUGCCAGCUAGAUUCAGGGGGCACAUGUAACAUUAUGAGCCUUAAAGACAAAAGGAGGCUCGCGCCCAGAGAAAACUCACAGAGUAGCACCAAGCUGAAACUGUAUUCAGGACAGUUCAUGACCUCUUUAGGCCUGUUUGUGACAGAGUGUGUUUUACGUGGCCAGAAACACACCCUUGAGUUUGAAAUAGUUGAGGCUAGUCAACAGCCAUUACUGUCAGGUUCUACAUGCGAGCGCCUUGGACUUAUUAACUUCACCAUCCCAGCUGAUCUUAACAUUAUAGACGAUGUCCAGGCUGGGCCCCUGAACAAGGAGACACUCCUAAGCAAGUACCAUGAUGUCUUCAACGCACCAGUUUAAAGUGCCAGAGGUCCGCUUUCAUGGGCACAUCUUGUCCUUCACUGGAUUGAAGGCGGAUCCUGAAAAAGUGAAGGCUGUCUUGGAAAUGCCCCACCCAUCUGACGUGAAGGCAGUGCAGCGUUUCGUUGGAUUCGUCACCUACCUGGCCAAGUUCCUACCGCGGCUCUCUGAAGUGUGUGAGCCACUAAGGAGGCUCAUGGACAAGGACACCAUCUGGCAUUGGCUCCCAAAACAUGACGCAGCGGUGAGGGAAAUAAAACAACUGGUCACCCAGACACCUGUACUGCGAUACUACGAUGUGUCAAAACCUGUCACGAUUCAGAGUGACUCAAGCCAGUAUGGACUUGGCUGUUGCCUCAUGCAGGAGGGCCAGCCUGUGGCAUUCGCCUCUAGGGCACUCACCCCAACAGAGCAGAACUAUGCCCAGAUAGAGAAGGAGUGCCUCAGCAUUGUUUGCAUGCCAACGCUUCCACCACUACCUGUACGGGCGCAACAAUAUUACCGCAGAGACAGAUCACAAGCCCCUUAUUGCUAUAUUCAGCAAGCCUCUCCUGAAUGCCCCGAAAUGACUGCAGAGCAUGCUACUGGCCCUACAAAACUACAACCUCAAGGUGGUGUACAAGCCAGGGCCAGAGAUGUAUGUGAGUGACACGCUCAGCAGGGCUACUGCAUCAGGCACUCACACACGCUCCAUGCAUGAACGACACACAGUGUGCAGCUUACAAACAGAGCAAGUGGAUGUUGAACACAUCAACCAGGCUGACUACCUCAAUGUCACGGACCAGCGCCUUAUACAAAUCAGACAGCACACAGACAGGGACGAGCAACUCCAGGCAUUGAGGUCUGUGAUUCUGAUGGGCUGGCCCGACUGCAAGGAAGAAACUGCUUUAGCCGUCAGAGAUUAUUGGCCAGUCAAAGAGGAGCUCAGUGUUCAAAACUGAGUAAUAUUCAAGGGUCAGAGAGUCGUUAUUCCCCGGUCUCUGCGCCCUGAGAUGUUGGCGCGCGUGCACUCGUCACAUAACAAAUGAGGCCUGUUACAGACAAGCACGUGACACACUGUAUUGGCCAGGAAUGCAGAGUCAAAUCAAAGACUAUGUCAGUAAAUGCACAAUCUGCAAUGAAUAUGCCAUUGAGCAACAGAGAGAGACGAUGAUGUCCCACGAGCUACCGAUGCGCCCCUGGCAGAUAGUAAGUCUAGAUCUCUUCCAGCACAGUGGCGAAGACUUUCUGCUGGUAGUCGAUCAUUACUCAGACUUCUGGGAGAUUGACCUCCUCCCCGACCUCUCAGCAGAGACAACAAUCAAACGCUGCAAGGCUCAGUUUGCCCGCUAUGGCCAGCCAGAUAGGGUAAUUUCAGACAAUGGACCCCAAUUCUCCGGAGUUGAGUUCCGAAAAUUUGCUGCAGAUUGGGAAUUCGAGCACUUCACUUCAUCACCACGACACCCAAAAGCUAAUGGGAAGGCGGAGUCCGCAGUCAAAAUCGCAAAGAACCUCUGCAAAAAAGCUCUGCGAGAGGGCAAAGAUGCCUGGAAAGCAAUCCUGCAGUGGCGCAAUACUCUGACAGAAGGCAUGGAUAGCAGCCCGGCCCAGCGCCUCAUGGCACGGCGCUUAAAAGCAGCUCUGCCAGUAGCCAGCACUCUCCUGGAGCCAUGUGUGGUGACAGACGUGCUGGUGAAGCUACGUCACAGAAGACAGGUCUCCAAGUUCAUCUAUGACAAAUCAGCAAAAGACUUACCUGAGCUCAGGGUGGGUGAAACGGUGCGGAUGAAGACACUACCAGGGGACCGGACUGGCCUCUGGAGACUCGGAUCCUGUGUACAGAAAGUGGCACCACGCUCCUACUUGGUCGAGGUGAAUGGAUCACUGUACCUUCGUAACAGGGUUGACCUUCGGAUUGCUGAGCCAGCACCUACUCAGAACCCUGAUGGUCAAAGGGGUCGCAUGACAAAAGACAGAACCCCAGCAAGUCACAUGGGGCCUGAGGCACUGGGCGAAGAGCCAGGGGAUCACAGGUCGGCCGCUCCCUCGCCCAUCAAUACUCCCCUUAGACAGUCAGGUGACACGCCUGUGCGGGAACCCGCAGUCCUCGCAGACAAGUCUUUUCACGCUGUGGGCGUCUGUCCCAGCCACCAAAAAUACUUAAUCUGUAGGUUUCCCAUUAGGGAUUGUUGACAGACAGAGAUAAAAGUGAAGAGCGUAUCAAAAUGUGUUAAGUUGUUACCUGAAAAAAAAAAACUAAACUGUUCAUGUUGGAAAUUAUUACUAGGUUUGUUUUGUUAGUGAAUUGACAGCUCCUGUCCUAUUUUAUAAAAGGGAAGAUGUUAUGGGUGUAAGAUGGCACAGUGAUGCCAUCUGUUGGUAAAUGUUAAUUACUGCAACUCCAGUGUUUUUACCGGUGUGCUUGAAAUACCCGGAUGUAUUGCUAUAUACUGAACAAGACUGGUUACUCGCA